AUGAACGAAGCUCAAGCAGCCCGCGUGGGAUACUUGCAGCGCUCGGCGCGUGUGAUCUUCCUCUCUGCGCCAUCUACGUCGCGACAACUGUUACGCGAAAGUGUGGAACUUGGUCACCGAAGGCCAUCGCAUGGCGGUCGUGGGGCAGAGGAUACAUGCAUGACCUGUGGCAACCUGAUGCUUCCAGAGUGGACGGUAUCUACAAAGAUCACAGACAGGAAGGCUCAUGCCCCAAAGAAAAAGUCUCGGCAAAAGGUACGAUCUCGACGAUGUUCAUUGUGCUCCCGUGUCAUCAAAGACAUCGCCACUAUGGACUCAAGUCACGCGAGAGAGGCCCAGCAGCUCGUUACCGUCCCUACGAAGCACGGGGAGGAAGUGGUGGCUACUGCACCAGCCGAUCCAGUCCUGGCAAAGCCCGUCAAGUUAAGCAGUAAGAAGCGGGCAAGAGCACGAAAAGACCGAGAAGGAUUGCAGGCACUCCUGAACAAGAGCAUGCAGGCCAAAAGCACCCUCAGUCUGGACUUGAUGGAUUUGAUGAAAAAAUAA